AUGCUUCAAUGCUAUGAUGAUGUUUUCUUACUGACUGAUAUUAAUAUAUACGGUGAUCCACUAACAGUUACGGAUUUCAGCAUCAUAUUAGGAGGCUCACAAAAUGGAGUAGCAGGCACUGGGUGCAUUUGUCGAGAUCGCCAAAAUGAGCGAUGUAGCGCACAAAUGCACCGAAUGCUUCGUGACGUAAGCUCAAUAUGUAUUGUUGCCGAAGUACUUCGGUGUAAUCAGAAUCAAAUAUAUCAUUUGGUACUGUUUACAAUGUAA